AUGUCAAAAUUUUUGUCCGUAAUCAUUCAAAAAACAUCUGGAUUUCAGCUGGCCAAACACACAAUACUUAAUAUGUCUAAAAGAAAUACUUUCCACAGAACUCCUAGGUUUAAGCCCGAAGUAAAGGUGGCGUCUAGUCACAGUAAUCAAGUGCUUACUAUGGCACCAACUAGAGAAACUGUCGAAGUCUUAGCGCCACCCAUCAAGUCGGAAGCAGAUAAUAAACUAUACAGAACCAUUCGACUUGAAAAUGGUCUGACUGCCCUUCUCAUCUCCGACCCAAGUCGUGUGCCCAGCAAUGAUGAGAACUCUAGCGAAGAGGAUGAGUCCGAACAAUCCAGUGGGCCGGAGAGUGAAAGCGGACACUCUGCACACUCUGGAUCUGACCAUCAUGGACCUACAAGACGAGCCGAAUUUGAUGAGGAAAAAUUGGCGGCGUGCGCUUUAAGCGUGCGCGUGGGCAGUUACAGCGAUCCCCCCGACAUCCAAGGCUUAGCGCAUUUUGUUGAACACAUGGUGUUCAUGGGCAGCGAGAAGUACCCCACGGAGAAUGAGUUCGAUUCAUUUGUUAAGAAAAAAGGAGGCGCAGACAACGCAUCAACGGAUUGCGAAAUGACAACUUUCUACUUCGAGAUACCGGAGAAGCACUUGCCUCAAGCAAUGGACAUGUUCAGCCAAUUCUUCGUGAGCCCGCUCAUGUUGAAGGAGUCCAUGCAACGCGAGAGAGAAGCCAUCGAAUCGGAGUUUGCCAUCGCCUCUCCGUCAGACUCGAACCGAAAAGACCAGCUAAUAAGCAGUCUAUUUCCGCCGGGGCACCCUGCGCGUACCUUCACUUGGGGUAACUUGAAGAGCCUGCGCGAUGACAUCAACGAUGACGAAAAGUUGUACCAAGCUGCGCAUGAGUUUAGGAAGAGGCAUUAUAGUGCGCAUAGGAUGACUGUUGCUAUACAGGCACGCAUGGAUCUAGAUACUCUACAGCACUACGUGGUAUCAACAUUCUCCCAGAUCCCGACGAACAAUUUGCCGGCGGAUGACUUCUCACAAUACCACUUCAAGAAGAACUUCAUUCAGCCAGAAUUUAAUAGUAUUUACUAUAUGAAACCUGUUAGCGACACUACUGAGGUACACUUGACUUGGUGUAUGCGAUCCCUGGUCAAUGAUUACGAAUCAAAACCGCACCAGUACAUUUCAUACCUACUCGGGCACGAGGGCAAAGGAAGUUUGCUCUCAUACUUGAGAAGAAAAGUAUGGGCGCUGGGGAUCUACACGGGCAAUUCGGAGAGCGGCAUCGAUUACACGUCGAUGUACAGCCUCUUCUCUACGCAAGUUAUACUUACGCAGGAGGGACUCAGCCACGUUGACCAAGUUCUAGAAUCAAUAUUCUCCUAUAUAAACAUGCUCCGUCGGCUCGGUCCAGCGGAACGGAUAUUCGACGAAAUAAAAACGAUUGAAGACACAAGCUUCCGUUAUGAAGAAGAAUCCCAACCGUCUGAGUACGUCGAGAAUCUAGUAGAGAACAUGCACUUUUACCCCCCUGAACAUUACAUUACUGGCGAUAGAUUGUAUUAUAAAUACGAUCCGCAGGCAAUCAAAGAACUGUUGGAUUAUAUGCGAGCGGAUACAGUGAACAUAAUGAUCCUGUCGAACAAGCAUUCGACGCCGAUUAGCUAUGACCUAAAAGAAAAGUGGUUUGGCACCGAAUACCAUCGCAAAGAUAUCCCAAAGCAAUGGCUUGACAAAUGGGCAAGAGUCAACCCAUACAUGACUCUACAUCUUCCCAAUAAGAAUGUCUACAUCACUACGGACUUCAGCUUGAUUCAUGGUGAUCAAAAGUACCUGACAGCAGCAGAUGAAUUAUCUGUCGAUCUGAAAGAAAGCACGGGCAAAGAGAUAUACCAGCGUUCUGAAGCAACUGAGUCAGAAUCCGUUACCUUUACAAAGGGGGAUCUAAUUGCCACCGUUAAUGAGUUUAGGUUGGACCAACCGAAUUUAUUCCGCAAAAACCGUCACAUGGAGUUGUGGUACAAGCCUGACUUUAAAUUCCGCUUCCCCACUGCGCUUCUCUACUUCUACUUCAUCACGCCUCUCAGCCUAAAAUCACCGAGAGAAGCAUGCCUUCUCGAUCUUUGGACUGACGUGCUGCAACAGGGCCUUAAGGAAGAAGUGUAUCCGGCGAAUAUGGCGGACUUAGCACACUCUCUGUACGUUGCUGAUAAAGGAUUGACGUUAAAAAUUAGUGGGUACAGUCAAAACUUACACUUGCUUGUGAAUAUAAUAGCAAGUGAGAUGCGGAUAUCGACAGACAAUCUGACCGAGCCCAUGUUCACGGCUGUGCGUGAAGUUCGUGCCCGAACAUAUCACAAUGUUCUUCUGAAACCGCACAAACUUGCCAAAGACUUGCGCAUGAAUGUAUUACUAGAUCCUUACAUAUCUCCACGCGAUAAGGCAAACAUCGUGCAAAAUAUCACACUAAAAGAACUGAAAGCGUUCAACCGACGACUUCUUGGGAAGAUGUAUGUACAGGUUUUGGUACAAGGCAACCUAGCAUGGCACGAUGCUAUCAAAAUAGCAGAAAAGGUUCAGGACACUAUUAAAUGGGAGCCCAUCACUUCAGAGGAGUACCCUGAGCUAAAAGUGCACCAGCUGCCGAAGGGCGAGAAGAAAUUGCGUAUUCUGAGUCUGAACCCAGCGUCGACUAACAGCAUCGUAACCAACUACUAUCAAGGCGAGACCACUACGCCCCAAGAUACCGCUGUGCUCGAAAUACUCACUAUGUUAAUGGAGGAGCCAGUAUUUGAUUCUCUUCGAACCAAAGAGCAGCUGGGCUACAGCGUAUAUAGCAUGAUGCGGUAUACGUUCGGCGUCCUCGGGUUCUCUGUCACAGUCAACACGCAGGUUGAUAAGUUCAGUGUGUCACACGUAGACACGCGCGUCGAAGCGUUCUUAAAGAAGUUUGCACGCGACAUGCGCCGUCUUAACGAAAAGACGCUCAACUCUACUAAGCGCAGUCUCAUACAGUUGAAGAAUACUAUCGACUACGAACUCAAGGAGGAGGUUGAGAGGAAUUGGAGGGAGAUUGUGAGCAGAGAAUACCAGUUCAAUCGACAAUACAAUGAGGCAGAUGCCAUCGAACGCGUCACGUUAAAUGAUAUCAAACUAUGGGUGGAUGACCACUUCCCUUGCGGCAACAGGCAACACUUGAAAAAGUUAUCUGUGCAGGUAAUGGGUCACAAACCCGGCUCGGACACGACAGCGGCGGAUGUUCGAAAAGAGUACUCUCUGACGUACCUCGAUGCGCGACAACCCGUAGGCGACACAUCGGAAAAUAAUGCCGAUUUCAUCAGCGACAUUAAUUCGUUCAAGCUCAAUUUGCCCUACUUUGAAGUACCACGAGUCGAGUUGGAUCAAUGCUGAUCUCGAUAGCAGCAUGCAUUCUGUCUAUCUAUGGAUGUAUGUGUAGUCAAUUACGUAAAUAACAAUAGACGUAUCGUUUGAAAAUGGAAAAGGUCGGUAUGUUGUUAAUGACUUUGUCUUGGUUAUGUAAAAGUACCAGACUUAGUCUUACAUAGCAACUAUACAUUAUGAAAAGUUUAUAAUUUUUGUAUUAACGUUAGUGUCCACUAUAUUUUUAAUAGAAAUAAAAAAACACGCACAAGGUGAUAAAGUAGUUAUUCCACCAUGACGAAAAAAGUGUAUACAAUUUAAGAAUUAUUUCUUAUUUCCGCUUAGCAAAAAUAAUUAAAUUCUAUUUUUUUUUUCUAAUUUUUUUGAAGGCUUAAUGGACCUAAGGACCUAGGGGACCUAAUAGGCUUGAGCAUAAUGUCUAUUUUUUCCCAUAUUGGCCUGCACCACAUUUUUUUAAAAUAAUUAUAUUUUUAUAAAAACAUUACAAAUGUAACAUUACAAAUGUUACUUGGAGGAGUGCUUUUGUUAUUGAUUCUAUAUCUUGUUUGAUAUCUUUUGCAAAAAUUUACGUGAUUGUUUAAAUACAGGUAUUAUUACAGUGACGUAAAAACGCAUGCGCGUUAAAUGACUUGUGAACUGAUGUAUUAUACACCAAAGCUGUAGUGAAAUUCAUAAAUUAUACUGUAAUCAUUUACAAUACUAAUUAACUUUUACCGUCUAUUUUAAGAUGUAUGUUCAAUAUUUAUUGUAUUUAUGACAAUAUAACCUACGAAUAACUAACAUUGACUCUGUUUGUGGUAAAACAUGAAUGAAAGAAAGGUACUUUAUAUUGGACAUGUUGUACGAAGUUGUAUUUAUUACAGGUACACUUCUACAACUCCCUUUUUAUAUGCUACAAUGACGCUAUUUUAAGAAUAAUGUGCUCAAUAUUUAUGUAAGAGUGACCAUGAUUGUUGUGAAAGUAGUAAAGUUUUGUAUCUAACGAUUUCUGGACUUAAUAUCUAGUUUACAACUAUUAACCCGUUUAAAGACAGUAACGGCGUUUACUGUGAAAUUAAAUAUCAGAAUAUGAAACCAACUACGGGCUGUACAUUGCGAUUUUCAAGUGAUUUCUAUGUAAUGGCCGCUUCUCCAUAGAGAAGUAUGAACAACGUACUAGCAAAAUUCAAUGAUUUAUAUUGAAAACUUAAACUGAAAUAUAUACAUUGUUCUUAAUUUGAACACAUUUUUUUAGAAAUGUAUUGUUCAGUUAUUGAGCACUAAUAUGUAUAUAAAUUCGUAUUAUUAAUUACCUGUGUGAAAAA